UGUUGUGCUUCCGGUAAUUUUCUCAAAAUUUUCCAAUAAAUAUGGAUAAAGAUGCCGAUGUUUUGGGCAAAUACAAACACAUUUCUAAUAAAUUAAAGAAGAGAUUUUUAAAGAAGCCUAAUGUUGCAGAAGGAAGUGAGCAAUUUGCUUCACUGGCCAAAGUUCUAAGAGAACAGGAGUGUCCCCAGUAUGCUGGGUUUUGUUGCUUGGCACAGGCAAGAUGUGAGCAUAGCCUUGCCAACCCCGCUGGUGAAGCCCAAGCGUUAGUAGAAGCUGCCAGAGCAUUCUUACUAGCAGAAGAGAAUCUUCGGGAACUCAAAUGUCCCAGCUUUGAGGAGCAUGUCAGUGCAUCCAUUAACUGCUAUGGACAUGCUAUAAGAGUUCAUCUUGAGAACAAACAGCCAUCACUAGCAGCUGGUCUCUGUGCUGAAGUUGGAAAUUCACUUCGGAAACUUGGUAAACCUGGUGAAGCAAUUGCACAUUAUCAGAGAGCUGCAGAGCUUCAGAUACAUACCCCUCUCUUAUGUUUAACAUCAUUAGGUCUAGCUGCUUCAUCAAAAAUAGAAACCAAGGAUUAUGACGGUGCUCUAACUGUCCUGACAGACAUGGCAAUCAUGGCCCAAGAAAGAGGAACAGCCAGUAAUGGGAAGCCGCUGGGUGCAUUCUGUGACAUCAUGGCAAACUGUGAGAUAACCCGAGUUCUGCUUCUCAUGCUCUUACAGCCCACUCCUCAAAAGAUCAGACCGGAGCAUGCACAAACACUAGAAAAAUAUGCAUGGGAGUCAUCAGAAACAAGCUCUUCAGUGAGCUACAUGAAUGAGGAUGUUUUCCUUCUGCUUCAGUCAGUUGUGAUGGCUUGUCAGUCUAAAGAUAUCGAGUCACUUCGCAAACUGCAGGUGGAACUAUGGCCAUUGUUAAAUGCAGAACAAAAUGAACUAAUACACCUAGUCACAGAUGAACUUACCCACCCUUCUGGUGAGGGUUUGUAGGACUGGAACAUAGACUUUGGAACAACUUAAGAAGUUGUAGUUUUAAGACUAUUGAGAAAUAUGAGGAAAGAGACAAGUGAUAUUAAUUAAUGGAAUGAGUGAUUUUCCAUUAAAUUUGUUGUCAACCAUAAAAUUUAUCAUAUUGUAUGUUGUGCAUGUGAAUCUAUCAAUAAA